ACGUUUCUGUUCGGCAGAGGGCGCACUCUGUUAGAUAUUUAUACCUGUCGCUUAUGCCAUAAGCAUCCGACUAAACUUGCAUAGAUAAUUCGAGAAUGAAAACUGAGUAUGUAUCUAUUGAAAAUUAAUUUAGAGUAUCGCGAAGACAAUAAAUAACCGGAUAAAUGAGUGGGCUUGAGAUUUAUCAAAAAUAUGAUUUUGGCGAAUUAUGAGAUAAUCCGAUAAAUUAUUAAAGUGGAUUCAAUGCAUGGGAUUUAAAAGCAGUAUUUACAGCUAAAAGUAGCUGUUUAUAAUUUAAAUUAUAGUUAAUAAUUUUUAAUUUGCAAUUUUAUGCUUUAUUAGUAAAAUUUCGACAAUAAGGUAUUGAAAGUGCAAUGGAAGUUUUAAAUGAGUGUUCAGCUUAUCUUAGUAAUUACGAGGUAUUAGAUAUUUUGCAAAGCAUAAAAUCAAAUAAAAAACAAAAAGGACAAAAUCAACUGGCAACAAUAACCUAUCAAACGAUAAGAUACUUACAAGAUACGCCGUGCAAAAAACAAAAUCCAGAGAAAAUUAAGACAUUUUUAGCAGCAUUAGAAGCAUUUAAACUUACAAAGUGUGAAAAACUUACAUUACUCAACCAAUGCCCAAAAACUGCUCUCGAAAUACAAUUGAUAAUUGAAGACAGCGAAGAUCGAUUAUCAGAAGAAGAAGUUGAAAUGCUACUUCAAAUUAUUACUAAUCAUUUGGAUGAUGAAGAGCAGUCUUGAAUAAAGAAAGUAUUUGUUAAAAAGAA